AUGGACGCAGUCAGGAUAGACAAGUUUGUUCAUACAUACAAUGAGAUCAAGGUAUCAAAUGUCGCCAUUCCGCAGCGGAAAAACGACGAAGUCCUAGUGACUAUUUUCGCUGCUGGUGUUAACUUCGUGGACCUUUUAUAUAGACGUUCUGUUUUUCCAGUUGUUCCAGGGGGCAAGCACCAAAAUAAUAGGUCACUUGUCUUGCCACCUUUUACACUUGGUUUAGAGUUUGCCGGCGUAGUGGACAGUUCACCUCCAGGCUGUUCCUUCAAACCUGGGGAUCAUGUCUUUGGUGGUUCUCUAGGAUCUUACGCCUCCCGUAUUUCCGUCAAACCAUCAGUGCUCCACCACAUCCCUUCAAAAUGGUCUUUUGCUGAAGCCGCAGGCCUCGCUGCUACUGUGCCGGUUUCCUACGGCGCUCUUAUAAUGCGUGGCAACAUUCGACCAGGAGAGACGGUGCUUAUCCAUGCUGCAGCUGGUGGUCUGGGGUUGAUGGCCGUGCAGAUUGCAAAGGCCAGAGGAUGUACAGUCAUUGCUACUGCUGGAUGUGGUUUUAAACUUGAAGUUGCUCGGAAAUAUGGCGCCGACCAUACUUUCAACUACAAAGACCCCGUGUGGUUCAAGCAUGUCUUAGACGUGACGAAUGGAAAUGGAGUGGACGCAGUAUUUGAUCCAGUGGGACUUGUGGAUAAAAGCCUGAAAUGUUUAAAGCAAAAGGGCAGGAUAUUGAUUGUAGGGUUUGCAGGGAACAUAGAGCAGAUUGGCACAAACAGGGUGCUCUUGAAACAAGCGGUCUUAAUUGGUUAUCGAUUCGGAGAAACAGAACGACAAGACCCAGCCGAGACUGUAGGAAUCUGGAAAGGGUUGAGGGAGAUGAUUGACAAGGACCUCAUCAAACCAACCGUUUAUGAUAAGGAAUAUACAGGGCUUGAAAGUGUCCCGGAGGCGAUGACGGAUUUGAGUGAUAGAAAAGUGUGGGGUAAAGCGAUCAUUAAAGUCACGCAUGAUGUGAAGGCUAGGAUGUAA